AUAUAAAAUAUUUUUUGUAAUGUAGGGUUUCCCCCCAUGAAUGCAUUCAUUGAGAGGCUGAUAACAGGAACUGGCUCUUCAGUGUGCACUGGGCCAACCAGCAGUUUCCGCAUUACAAAACACAUGCUUUCAUACAAGUAUGGACCAGAGAAUACCGACAUACAAUGUGAGGAUUGGUGCCAAGUUCCCUAAGCUCAGCUUUACACUUGCAUGAAAAAGGUCCCAAUUACCGUUAGUAUAUGACGCUCUUGAGCACAAAGGAGAUGGGUCAGGACCAGACAAAGCAGCAGAUAGAAAAAGGACUCCAACUUUACCAGUCCAACCAGACAGAAAAGGCCCUGCACGUUUGGUUGAAGGUUUUGGAAAAGAGCACGGAUGCUGCUGGCAGGUUUCGAGUCCUGGGUUGCCUCAUCACCGCUCACUCAGAGAUGGGCAGGUACAAAGACAUGCUAAAGUUUGCAGUUGUGCAGAUUGACACAGCCCGGGAGCUGGAGGAUCCGGACUACCUUACAGAGAGCUACCUGAAUCUGGCUCGGAGCAAUGAGAAGCUCUGUGAAUUCCAAAAAACCAUCUCCUACUGCAAGACCUGCCUGAACAUGCAAGGCACCACAGUGAGCCUGCAGCUCAAUGGCCAGGUCAGCCUCAGCAUGGGCAAUGCCUACCUCGGCCUCAGCAUCUUCCAGAAGGCUCUGGAGUGUUUUGAGAAAGCCCUGCGCUACGCCCACAACAAUGACGACAAGAUGCUGGAGUGCCGGGUCUGCUGCAGCUUAGGGAAUUUCUACACACACCUCAAGGACUAUGAGAAAGCCCUGUUCUUUCCAUGCAAGGCUGCGGAGCUGGUGAAUGAUUAUGGAAAGGGCUGGAGUCUAAAGUACCGCGCGAUGAGUCAGUACCACAUGGCUGUGGCCUAUCGGAAGUUGGGGCGCUUGGCCGACGCAAUGGAAUGCUGUGAGGAGUCAAUGAAGAUUGCCCUUCAGCAUGGAGAUCGUCCUUUGCAGGCACAAUGCCUGCUUUGCUUUGCUGAUAUCCACCGCAGCCGUGCAGAUAUACAGAUAGCAUUCCCCCGUUACGAUUCCUCAAUGAGCAUCAUGACCGAGAUUGGGAACCGUCUGGGACAGAUCCAGGUGCUGCUGGGCGUGGCCAAGUGCUGGGUGAUUCAGAAGGAACUGGACAAGGCACUAGAAAGUAUUGAGAAGGCUUAUGAGCUGGCAGAGGGACUAGGAAACAAGCUUGGCCUGCUGAAGGUUCACUGCCUGUGUGAAGGCAUCUACCGCACAAAGGGGCAGCAGCGGGAGCUUCGCAACCAUGUGGUGAAGUUUCACGAAUGUGUGGAAGAAAUGGAGCUUUACUGUGGCAUGUGUGGUGAAUCCAUUGGAGACAAGAACCACCAGCUCCAAGCUUUGCCCUGCUCCCAUGUCUUCCAUAUAAAGUGCCUUCAGACCAAUGGGACACGUGGUUGCCCCAAUUGCCGGCGCUCAUCUGUUAAACCAGGAUUUGUGUGAUCCACUGAAUCCAUGAUUUAAGAGAGCUCAUUCGAUAAGUGUCAAAUAGCUGGAACAUUUUAGGCUCAUGGUAUGGAGAUGGGGAACCAAUGGGUCGGAAGAGGGUCUCCUGCAGACUGGAUGCAACAUGUGGACCUAGUUCUCUGCUCCCUGAUGUUCCCCACAUCUGAGUUGUGGAUGUCUACCUGGAGUUCUCUGACAUCUCUUUCCUCAAAACCAGUUAUCACAACCAAUAUGUCACCUCUGUUCUUUGAAGGGAGUUGGUUAGCAUGUCUUCCUACGAUCCCAGUCCUCUCAUUCUCAUGUUCUGCUGCUUCUGGUAGUUUCUACCAGGUCCAGUUCUGACACUCAUACCACACACCUUGUUUUUAUUCAUUCCUUGUGGGAAACAAAAUUAUCAUGACAACACACUACUUGGAUGAUGUAGCUAUGGAGAGGUACCAGCCAUUUCCCAAGUACCGCUAUAAGUUACUUCCUCAUGGAUGCCUAGCAGCAGUUCCCUGUAUAUACUUUGGGAAAUUAAUAUGAUAUCCGUAAUAUAAAAUAGGAUCCUUUGAUGAGCUCACCUGACUUAUCAAAUUCAAGCUUCUUUUGCCUUAGAAUGUUCCGCUCUGUGAUGUCUCCACCUGUCCUUCAGCAAUGUGUUUGUGUCUGCCACAGUGUGCUUGGGAUUCUGCCCAGAGUAUUGGAUUUAUUUGGCUUGAGAGCCACUCUGUUCUGCUCCUGCAGAAAAUCCAAUUGCUGCAUGGGACUACAAAGGGAAAGCCUCUUGGGCCAGGGUGGGGGAAGGUGUUUGUUGCGGGGAAUGUUUCUUUUGUUUUAUUCGUUUGCCAUAGUAUUGUGAUGUUACACAAGCAGAAGCAGUUAUCUGUCUGCAAUUAUGUUGUCUUCAGUAUAUUUAUACAUUCGGUAAAACUAUUUAUACUGGAAUCAAUAAAGUUGUAUCAGCCAACGA